AUGGCUUGUCAGAGUGCACCUUCAGGACAAACUGAAACAACUAGUAUACCGGCAUCCCUCAUAUUGUUGCCUUUAGCGUCUGGAAGCAAAGAGCAAGACAAGGAAAAAACUAAAAUACCAAGAGAGCAAAAACAAAAUGAGCAGGAGCCAGCACUGCAUAACAACCUGCCUCUUACAGAUGAUGGCCACUUGGCAGAAACAAAGUCUGCAUCCCAAACUCUAACAAAACUGAGGAAAGGAAGAACUCCUAGUCAUCAAAUGCCACCUGCAUGCCAACAAAGAAGACCACCUCAGUCUCUCCAGACAGGGGCUGGCAUGGACUUUGAACAGGCACUUGAUACACACGUGGACAGUAUGAGUAAUGGGCAAGACGAAUUGCUGGAAAUCGACAAAUAUCGUGACAGUAUUUUGCAGAAUAUUUUGACUUGCUUACAAGAUCUCCGAGCACAACAGGAAGAUAUAAGGAGUGCCCUGGUGCAAGUCACAGAGGCGACACAAGGCAUUCAGCAGGAUGUUGAGAGUGGGUUUAGGGACAUUGUGGCAGCAACUCAGCAGCACAUUUAUGAAGAACAAGCACCUUUCACCACAACAGCAGCUCUCUCAUCACCUAUAGGAGCCAAACUUCCUGAUGUCUUAGAUGAAACGAUGACCACAAACAGGGGAGACCGGGGCCAUGCAAGUACAAAUAAGAGGCCACGCUUGUCACACCCUGAAAGAUGA